CCAACAAAAUCUUGCAUGAUCUGUCCCACCUUCAGACAGCCAACCUUUCAAAAUUUAAGGAAAGUUGUGUCCUUGUUUUGGGCUUUGGUUUUGAGGUUGUUUCUCUCUCUGUCUUUGAUCAUUAAUGGAAGGGAAAUCGGCCUUAGGGAUUGAUAGAAAAUCUUCGAUAGAAAGCGAGCCGAGGACUUUGACCAUUGAUCAAAUUCAAUGUGCAAGAGAGGCAGCGAUGUAUGUGGUGAGUACGAGAAGCAUAGAAGAAGCCAUGAGUAUUUUCACAGAGGGAUUAAAGCCUGUAGUUAGCGUGGCAGCAAGAGAUAACAUGAUGGAUCUCAAACAAAUAGAGUGUUUACAAGAUUUACAAGAACAACUACAAGGCAUACGGGACGUCGUUUCUGCACCUUUUUAGUCAUAUUUUUCAUUAUUUAUUUUCAUUAUUUCAACUUUUUUUUUUAUUUACUGUAACUUGGGUUCAGUUACUGUACAGGAUGGAAUUUUGACUAAUUUCCAUCAUAAUCAUUUCAUUUUUCUCUAAAAUUAUAUUUCAGUUUUUUUUUUUUUUCA